CCUUCACUUACACCGCAUGUUUGUUGUCGAUACCCUGUGGAAACUACUUAUCGGAAAGCUUGAUAUUGAUGUUAUCAAAGGGUAUAAGAUAACACAGGUUGCAUCAACUGCCUCAUAUAUUUAAGAUUACUUAGAUUUAUUUUCUCAAAAAAAUGAAGUUUGUGGUAGAGCAAGCUAGUAAAGGUGGUGGGCGCCUAGGAAGACUGACAGGUUUGAGGAGCCAGCCCACAGCUGUUCAUGAUACUCCUCUUUCUAUGAUAUCUACAUUGGGUGGCAGUGCUCCACAUCUCACUCAGGAUGUUCUACACCUUGUUGUAGAUAAGGAAGUACCAGUGUGUUUUCCGGCACAGCAUUUUUGCGAUCUUACAAAAACACUCCAGAAAUUCAAAAAAGGAGUUGCACAAUUUUCAGCACUCAAGAGUCAUAGUGUAUGUGUGACUGUCCAGGAUGCCACAAAAAUGACACCAAGUGGUUAUAAUGAGAAAAAAGGCAUUUCUGUAUGGACAUAUGGAGGUAGACAAGUUAUUGCAUCUGAAAGAUAUAUGGAAUUAGUGGAAGCUAUGCAACCUGACUGGUAUGAAGCUCUUAAUGAUGCAGAUACUGAUGUGAAUUCCUCAAAGAAGAGAAUAUCUAAGUCAAUUAUGAACUCUACACUUCUGCUGGACCAGUGCAUAGACAUCAGUAAAAAGAAGCAGGGGCUGCAUGAGGCUGCAUUAUUUGUACCUUUAUUAGGUGGCUACAAUGAAGAUGAACGUAAAAGAUUUUCCAAAGCAAUAACAGAGAAAAUUAAAAAUGAAUCCGUAUCAGGAUUCUCCCUCUUGGGUUUGCAUACUAAUGGUACAACUGCAGAGAAGCUUGACUCCAAACUUAUCUCUAAUCUUGUUAAAGUGUCUUUGGACCCCUUACCUCAAGCACUCCCUCGGCAAGCAUCAGGUGCAUGGAAUCCACUAACUGUCAUCACCUUGGUGCAACAGGGUGUGGAUAUCUUCGACUCAUCUUUCCCAUAUUUAGUUACUGAAAGAAAAGGAGCUCUCAUCUUCCCCAUAAGCCUUACCAAGGAAAAUUUAGAACAUCAGAAUAAAAAGUUGAAAUCAGACAAUAAUGCUGAAACCAGUAAUGAAGAUAAACAAUUGAACAAGGAGGAUGAAGAUGCCAAAGAAAAUAUCCCAGAAGAUGAAUUAUCAAGUGCAUAUGAAAUGUGUUUAAAGGAUAAAAGCAACUUGAACUCGACAAAGCCAUUGCUGGAUGGAUGUCAGUGUUAUACUUGCCAGAACUUCACUCAAGCCUAUAUUCACCACCUCCUUAAUGUUAAUGAACUCCUGGGACCAGUUUUAUUGAUGGUGCAUAACUUACACCAUUGGAUGGCCUUCUUCAAAAGCAUUCGGUCAGCAGUGAAGGAUGAUUCUUUAGAAAAUCUUAAAUCUGUAAUACAGAGUCAUGUGUCAGCAGCUGGGAAGUUAUAGCCUAUGUUACUGGGUUUUUUGAAAAAUUAUUCUAAAAUAGACUUUAUAAAACCAGUUGCAUCUGAAAAUGUAGUAAUCUGUUUCAUUAUUCAGAUUACAAUAUUUUGUUUUGAUUAUAGAGCUGUUAGCAAAGUCUGGUUAUAUACCUAUGUAUAUGGGUAUUUACAGAAUGUUGUUAUUUUUACAAAAUGUUAUCUUAAGAUUUAUUUGAUACUUAACUUAAAAAAUUCUUGGAGGAAAGAAAAAAAUAUGCAUUUUCAUGAAAGAUUACUUAAAGAAUAUUAUUCUUGUAUCAUUGUCAAAAAUUUAUAUAAAUUAUUUGAAUUUAAGAUGGAAGUCUCUAUUGAGAUCACACUUAACUCAUGAUAGAUUCAUUUCUGAGAAGAUAAAGCAGCAGUUGUUAAUUUAUUUUUCUAUGGUACAAUUUUAUUCACCAUCAAUGAUAUUAAAGAAAAGGGAGAUAUAAAGUUCUAACUCAUUUUGAAAUGAGAAUGAUUUGAAUGUGUAGAAUUUUAAUGUUGUAUAUUGUAGAUGGAAUUAGGUUGAACAUUCUGGUACAAUUUUGUAUUAAGAAGACAAUUUUGUCAAAGUUUAAAUAAAUUAUUAUGUAUA